AUGGGGCAGGGCUUGUCGAAUGAGACGACGGCUUCUCUCUCACAUGAGGAGUUAAACAAAGCGCUGGCCGGGAAAUUUGCAGAAGAAUGCUUCACACCCAUUGAACUUUACUCCCUCAAAGAUGUCUUCGCCGGCCUAGCAGGCCAGGUCGGCCAUCUCAAGCCGGAUACCGUUGCACAGUUCCUGGAACUACCAGAAAUUCUCGAUGUCUCUACUGUUUUAUUUCAAAUUAUGUCCUACAUUGGAGCUUUCCCGUUCCUACAAGACGCCCCAGCUAUUCUCGGACUUGAGCAGAUGGUGAUAGUCAUCACGAUACUAACUGGCAGGUACCGCAAAGUCCUCUUAGGCGGCUCUAGCGACAGGUUGAAGCUACUAUUCGGGGGCUUAGCCAUUCUUGACCGGCACCUAUCUGAGUCCAAACUCGCACGGCACCCUUCAUCGUCUACUAGGCAACGGCGAGGAGGGACAACUCCCGGCACGGGUCCAAUAUCGGGGUCGACAGUCGACGAACCGAAGGAGGACUCAAAUCCAGGCGCUGACUUUGACGAAGACGGUCUUGUAUUCUCAGCGUUAGAGGCGUUGGGCUGCCUAAAACCUUAUGGGCACAUGGCGCCGUCCAUAACUCCCGAUUCCAUGAUCCCGGCAGGCAGUAUGCGGAAACUCGUGCUCUUACUGUUACUUAUUGCGCCCCUGGGUCCACAGGAAAGCCUAGAGGCAUAUUCGACCCGGUUGUCCGAGGAUGACCUAGAGAAUCUAGGUUACACCGCGGAUUGUGUCCUUGAGACCUUUCUCGGUAGCGGGGAAGUGCCGGCGGUGGGACUUGGCCGCUUCAGAGCGGUCAUAUUGACGUCCAUGCCCUAUAUCUUUGACGGGUUCACCGCCCUCUUUGAGCAUUUCUUGUUCUCCAAGAACCUAGAGUUCCACCGGCACCUUGGUGACCCCCCGACUACAGCCAACCUGGCCCAACAGCCCGUCCAACCCCUGUUUGAAAGCACGGCAUCCAUCAUGAAUUUCGGCAUUUUGUCUCAGCUAUCGUUUUUUAUUACCGGCACUUCGCUAUUUCGAAGGCUCCGUCUUUUGUACUCUGGUGACGAGGAUGGUUUCAGCAUGGGAAGUUUCGAAUCUAGGGUCUUCAACUGGCGGGCGCCCACGUUGCUACUCGUGAGCGGGACGCGCCUUUCAGCUGAGACCGGGCGGUCUCAAAACGGCCCUGCUUCGACGUUUCUUUCAUCAAUCCCAGCUCAGCGCCUUCCACCAGGCAACAAGAACGAGAGCGAGAGGGAGGAGAGAUUGACAUAUGGAGUCUAUUUGAGUCAGCCAUGGAAACAUACUUACCGCGAAUGCUUUGGAAACGAGGAAACAGUGAUGUUUCAACUGCAACCGGUUCAUGAUGUAUUUCACGCAUCCACGAUAAACAAGGACUACGCAUCUUUUACGAAAUCUUCACCAUCCUCCUUACCAGGGGGCGUGUCCUUUGGCUGCCCGCCACCACAGCCAAUACACGCCUACCGCCGGUCCAAUAUCAUGCCGUUGGGGCCGGUGUCACUCAUGGUUGAGGAUAGUUUUGAGUACGGGGUCUUCACCCACAACUAUACGUCCCAGGGCGGCGCGUUCCAGGCGAGCGCGACCAGGCAAUUUGACUUUCAAGAUCGCUUCGAGGUUUCCAGCAUUGAGGUAUGGGGGCUCGGUGACGAGGAGGAAGCCAAGCGCCAGACUGAACGUUGGGCAUGGGAAGCGAGGGAAGCCGAGGCAAGGAGGAGGGUGAACCUUGGGACUGGUGACAUUGAAGCUGAUCGGGCCUUGCUAGAAAUGGCAGGGCUAGUUGGGGCCAACAGAAGUGGCGGUAGCGUGGCUUAA